AUGGAAACCCAUAGAUGUCGUUGCUGGUACUCAAUUGACUUUCUCGAGCUGCAACGUAAACCUCAAAAGCAUGACGAAGCUGAUAUAAAAUGGCGAAAGCAUUUGGAUGUCAUCACUCCUCUGCUGAAGAGUAUCAUGCAAGUUGCCGUAAAAAAUGCACCACCUCGACUAUCUCAAGUACACUGGAACUGGGCAACGACGACAGCUCAACCUAUCGUGCCAAGUCCGCGGGCGAUUACCGCACCUGCGUUGCCACCACCAGAAAUUCCCCACGCCGAUCCUAAACUCUUAGCACAUAACACUGCCAGUGAUUCGGCUGCUAUGGCGAAUCUAUUCAAGCCACAAUACGAUGGUACAGAAUUGGGCGCUAAUCGUCCACUCACUAACAAGCUCUUUGAAAGCGAUAUGGUGCUCACCGUUGAACAGAUAAAAGCGUGA